AGAUCAUCAAAUCAAAAGGGCGAAAGGGGAGAGGGACGAAGGUGCCGAGGCCCUAGCAAUGGCGGGGUGGUACGAGGAGGCCUCGGGCCUGCUGCUGCGCCCGCCGGCCCUGGCGGAGAUGGCCGUGGACGUGCUGCUCUGCGCCGUGCCGAUCUGGGCCGCCGUCAUGAUCGGCCUCUUCAUCGGCUGGGCGUGGCGCCCGCGCUGGACGGGGCUGCUCUUCCUCGGCUUCCGAAGCCGCCUGCGCCUCCUCUACGUGCCGCCGGGCCUCGGCGCGCGCCGCCUCUGGCUCGCCUGCACCGCGCUCUCCGCCUUCUCCGUCGCGCCAAGGCUGCUCUCCUCCGCCUUCCGCCGCCACGGCAAGCGACAGCGCCAGGAUCACGACACGGACCAAGCCUGCGGGGACGCUGCCGCGUAUGCCGACGGCAGGUCAAUAUUUGAGGGAAAGCAUGAUAGUAUCACUGAGAAGGACCUAGAUCACCUCGUGCAACUUUUGGAUGAUAAGGAGAGUGGCCAUACAGGGUGGCAGCAUUUGAUGGAGCGUACUACUUCCAACAUGACGUACAAGGCCUGGCGUCAUGAGCCCGAGGUGGGACCUAUAAUGCAUUGCAGCCAGACUAUUUUUGAGGAUGCUACACCUGAACUGGUUAGAGAUUUCUUCUGGGAUGAUGAUUUUCGUCUAAAGUGGGAUCCCAUGCUUGUGUGCUUCAAAACUUUGGAUGAGUUCCCCCAGAAUGGAACCACAAUUAUUCACUGGAUAAAAAAGUUCCCUUUCUUUUGCAGUGACCGUGAAUACAUUUUCGGACGGCGUAUUUGGGAAUCUGGGAAGGCUUACUAUUGUGUUACAAAGGGAGUUCCUUAUCCAUCUUUGCCCAAGAAGGAAAAACCCAGACGUGUGGAAUUGUACUUCUCGAGUUGGCGUAUUAGACCUGUUCAGUCGCCCAAACAAGAUGGCCAGCAACCCAUGGCAUGUGAAGUAACUUUGGUUCACUACGAGGACAUGGGCAUACCCAAGGAUGUCGCCAAGGUCGGUGUUCGUCACGGCAUGUGGGGUGCUGUCAAAAAGCUGCAGUCUGGGUUUAGAGCAUAUCAGCUAAUGAGAAAAUCAGAAAACAUCCUGUCACGCAGCGCCAUCAUGGCCAGGGUGACCACCAAGACGUGCAUUGCUGGUUCUGAUGACCCCUUUGAUCAAGGGCCCUCCACCGCAGAAAGAUCCAGCAAUGAGGAUAGCAACUCCAGGGCAGUCCAACAUGGUUUUGACUGGAAAUGGGUGGUGGUUGGUGGGGCGGUGGCUGCAGUCUGCGUGCUCAACACAGGCAUCGUAGGGAAGGCCCUCUUACUUGGAGCUGCAAGAAGACAUGCAAAAAAGUGAUGAACACCUAGGAGCAUCUACAAGAGAAGGCUUCAUGGCCAUCAGGGCCCGUUGGUCUCCAGAGAGCCGCAGUCGAGAUGGGGAGGAACGAAAUCCAUGCCGUGCUACAGGAGGUAGAUAAUCAGGGUGCCUAAUUUUGGAUGGUGUUUUGUAUGCAAUAUGGCGUUUGUGUGUUAGCAUCACAGAUUAAUGAGGGAAUCUCUGGAUGAUUUAUUCGAAGAUCUAUGAGGUUUGCUGAAAUACUCCUGCUAAUAAACCGCUUUGAAUGCGCAUUUUUCAGCUA